AGACUUGAAAGCGACAUGCGGCUCGGCUUUUUCGGGCGUGGUCGACGACGGUGCAGCCAAGUGUCGUGCCGCUGCGUCCCUUUUAUGGAGACUUCUUCUUCCUGGCUUCUCACCCAUUUUAUCGUCAGCAAGUCUCCUGCGGACGAGAAGCAAGAUAAGGUAGACAAAAAUUCCACCAGAGCUGUCGUUAGGGAGCUGCGCAGCGUGCAGAUAGAGAUGCCGACCAUCAUCAUCAAGGUAGACCUCGACUGCGGCCGCUGCCACGCCAAGAUCAGGAAGGUGCUCGAGAGGAUCAGAGAGAAGGGUGAGUUCAUCAUCGACGACAUCAAGUACGACGAGAAGAAGAACCACGUGAUCGUGUCGGGCCCCUUCGACGCCGACAAGCUGGGCGACAAGCUCUGCUGCAAGGCGUGCAACAUCAUCAAGGAGAUCGAGACCGUCGAGCCGAUCAAGAAACAGGAGCCCAAGCCUCCGCCGCCGACGGAUAAGGUGAAGCCCCCGGGCCCGGGUAAGGAUGAGACGGUCAAGGAGAAAGAGAAGCCGCCGCCGCCGCCGCCUCCGCCGGCCAAGGUCGUGCAGGUGCCGGUGCCGUACCCGUGUCCCUACCCCUACCCGUUCCCGGCGGGGCCGUCCGGCUGCUGCUGCCACCAGGGACACGGCGGCUGCCAGUGCUCGACGCCGGCGCCCCAGUACACCAUGCCGCCGUCGUAUCCGUGCGGCGGCUACAUGAUGGUCUGCGAGGAGGACCCGUCCGGCGCCUGCACCGUCAUGUGACUCGCUACGCUCUGCCUCCACGGCGGCGUACCACCGGUGUUUAGUGCGGCAAUUCCUCGUGUAUAAGCACCGUACUGAUGCACAUGUAUGACCGAUCCCAGCGAAAAUUAUGCAAUAAAAAAUCCGUAUUCCUGUAA